UGGGUGGCGGAGGUGCCCAAGGAGGCCACACUUGUCACCUGGUAACACGUAAAAAGUUCUAUGGUAUAUUCGUGACUGACUCAUCUACUAGAGUAGGCUUUUCUUCCCUCCGCCAGCCACCAAACCAAGCCUCUGUCUCUCUCCCUCUGUCAUAUAUUAAACACCUCUCGUCUUGUCGCAAAUCUUGAAGCACCUGGCCUGCUAACCUAUCCCAACAAGCAAAGCAACACGGCAUAUCGUCUCCCCUCCAUUCCUGUCGCCGGCUUACCAGGACCAGCCCACCGCCUACUUCUACCCAAUCUCCAGCAUUCCCUCCCCCACUAUUAAUCCCUUGUCGUCAUCUAUACUGGCAACUCGACCCCUCCUCUCCGCUGUCUCCCUUUACCUUCUUCCUCUACCGAAAUCAUGUCUGGACGAGGAGCGCCCGGCGCCAAUUCCCGCGGUCGCGGAGGCAAGUUCAAGAAGUUCACAAGAGGAGGUGGGAAACACUUCUCUCGUGACCUGCGACCCCUUGAUGCGGACGGCAACGAGAUCAGCAUGUGGAGCGAAGAUGCUCAGAAAGCCGACAACGACGAGAGCGAAGGGGAGGAAGACUCCGACGAGGAAGGCUCGGACGCCGGCCCUUCUCAGCCGAAUGCCGAGUUGACUAGAGAGGAGCGCAAGCAAGCCAAAAAGGCUCAGAAGGAGGCCGCAAUUUCCAAGAAGAAGAAUAUCGUGCAAGUAGGCGACUUACCUUCCGACUCCGCAGAGGACGACGAUGACGACGACGACGGUGCGCCCGCCAAUCCCAACCAUUCCAAAGCCUCCCGGGGCAUGACUAAGGUUCAACCCGGCGGCGUUGAGGAGGCCACCAACGGGCUCAAGAAUCUGGCUAUGAGCCGAAAGGAGCGCGAGUCCCUAGAGGCGCAGCAGGCCAAGGAGAGAUAUCGCAAACUUCACGAGGAGGGCAAGACAGACGAGGCCAAAGCCGACCUGGCUCGCCUGAGGCUUAUCCGUGAGAAGCGAGAAGCUGAAGCAGCCAGAAAACAGGCCGAAAAAGAGGAAAGGGAAGCCCAGGAGAAGGCCCGGCGGGCCGAGAUCGAGGCUAAGGAGGCGAAGAAGCGCGCCGCCGCCUUGGGAAAGGGCGCAAAGAAGGGAAAGUCAUAAUAAAUCCGGCCAAUGCCUGAUCUAAACAUUUCUUCGCCAUUAUAGGCACGGUGUUGCCCCUUGGGAUGGUUUGCGGACUUUCAUCUAUCGAGGUCUAUCUAGAGCAUAUUGCACCAGCCAGUAUAGCAAUUGCAUCGUCUCGCGCGCGGGCCACUGUCCCGCGACGCUCGUUUCUUACCUAUCUCUACAUCCCUUUUCCGUGACCCGACGGCGCUUCUGUGCUAACGUACCUUUGUGUCAGCCUACCCCGAGGUUAAACAUUCGGGCUGAUGCUUGAAGGGGAUCUGGCGUACGAGGUGUGCUCGUGACACCUCACCUAUCCGUAGGCCCCGCUAGAGCUUUAUGCUGGCGUAGUAUGUAAGCGGUAGGUAGAUAUGAGCUAGGUUGCCCGGUCCAAGAAGCUAUCAAGCUCAAGUUUAUACGCGUUGUUGUCGUGCU